CCAGGUUAGAAGGGUCUGGGAUUCCUUUAUGAGGUGCAACCAAAACAGCUGUUAGAAGUAGCAACAGGGAUAUUCUGGCAGGCUGUCGAGAAUUAGUUCUUGAAUACUGUUGUGGUUUUGAUCACUAAUAUGGCUGUGACUUUUGGAUUCUCUUUGAGUGUUUCUUGGAUGUGUUGCCUGCUAAUUGGAGGGAUAACUUGUUUUACACUUAAAGGUAACGCUCAUGGGCAUCCUGCCUACACUGGACCUGAACUAACUGGAUCCUAUGCCAAAGCAAGUGUGGUGUCUGGUCCAAAUGCUAAAGCUACUGGCCACAAUGGCACGUCAGCAGAAGCUACUGGCCACAAUGCCACGUCAGCAGAAGCUACUGGCCACAAUGCCACGUCAGCAGAAGCUACUGGCCACAAUGCCACGUCAGCAGAAGCUACUGGCCACAAUGCCACGUCAGCAGAACCUACUGGCCACAAUGCCACGUCAGCAGAAGCUACUGGACACAAUGCCACAAGCUACCGGCCACAAUGCCCCGUCAAGUGUGAAGUCCGGCCCCGGCCACAAUGCCCCGUCAAGUGUGAAGUCAGGCCCCGGCGCCUCAGCAGAAGCGUCCGGCGCCUCAGCAGAAGCUUCAGGCCCCAGCGCCUCAGCAGAAGCACUGUGGGCCUGGAGUAA